AUGAGACCUGCACGAACGUUAUUCAGUUAUGUGCGGUAUGCUUUUCAAAGUGGAGCCAUUCAGCAAGUCAAUCAAGUAGCCAGAAGGCAGCCACUACUAAAAACUGUGAUAUUUAGUGGUACAGUGGGCACAACAUGUAUUUAUCUGGCUAAACACUACAAAGCAAGCUGCAAAAGUCCACAAAUAGAAAUGGAGCAAGAAAACAGUGAAGUUAUAAAAUACAAGUCUUCAAAACUGAAAGAAAACUUUUCUGCAAAAGCAUCUCUUGAGUAUAAUGGGGAAUAUUUCAUGACAGGGAGAGAUUUCAUAGAAGCUUGGAUUACUGAUGAUUAUUAUGAAAAGGAAAAGAUUGAACUUUAUGAUUCUGAGUAUGAAGUAUUGAUAAACUCAGUUAAGGUUAAAGAGGAGCCUUCCUUUAACAUGCUCUUUACAUCAACAGCACUGAUAUCUUAUCCUGACUACGUUUUCCUGCGCUCAAUCUUACAGAGACCAGAUGAUUUGUCUGUGAAAAGUUUCCAAAUGCUGGAUCUAGAUCUAAAUGGGUCCAUAUGUAUCAAUGAAUAUUACAGUCUCAGCAAGCUGUUUACCAAGAAUGAUGAGGGUGAUCCAAAGAAACAUUUGAAAACAACAUUACGUGUGCUUCUAUUUGAUCACACAGAUGAUGGAAAAAUAACACAACCAAAGUUUGAAAUACUUUUGAAAGAUGUUCAAACAAACUGUUUAAAAGCAGAGUUCAACAAAUAUCGACAGAGAGAAAAUAAACCAGGCAUGAUAUCAGUUCAAGGGUUUAUGAGGGCAAUGUUGAGAAGAACCAAAGUUUCAGCAAUCCAGAGGGCAAGAUUUAUUGAUAAAUCUGAGGUUUACACGGAACUUGAUGCUAUUACCUUCACCCAAUUCCAGUCAAUGAUCACACUAUUGAAUAAUUUCAGUGACUUUGAAGUUGCAGUGCGAAUGUAUCAAAUAGCAAAGAAGCCACUUGCAAAAGGUGUUUUCAAACGGGCUGCAUUCAUAUGUACUGGAGAAAAGCUUGAUGAUGAAAUUGUUGACGUACUAUUUUAUAUAUUUGAUGAGGCAGGAGAUGGACAUCUAUCACAUUCAGAGUUUGUUAACGUUAUGAAAGAAAUGGAAACAAAUGUUUCUUCACAAAGAGAGAAGCAACACACAAUUGGACAGUACUUUCGAAAGUGUGUUCGCAACGAAAUGUUGAGAUCUUAUGCUUGAGUACCAUCGGGAUUUAAAAUUAUAGGUUUCGAUCAAGCCCAGUAAAUAACUAUAUAAUAUUUUCAAUCUUUAAUGUUUUGAUCAGUAUUUCUCAAUCUGUACAAUGAAACUAGUAAAUUUUUGAUUUCUGACUAAUAUACAGUGUUUCCAAAAAGCUCCCAAGCUUUCAUUCUUAUUAACGUUUCAGACUUGCUAACUAGCAUGUUGUAAGC